CGCGAGGAUUUUUUUCUCUUCUCCUACUCGCUACUGUAAUAGUACACUUAGCGAUGACGAAGACCUAUAAGAUCCCGAACAUGAACCUUUUGUCUCUUUUACAACCAGCCCGACGCAUGCUCGGCUACAUGCACUCUGUCAAAGCUGACCUCCUUGCCUUUGCUCGACAGCUCGCCGCCUCUACCCGCGACUCCAAGGCCGCGAAGACCUUCCACGAAACCGUCCACCUCCUCCGCACGGCGUACUUUGAUGCCUCGACCGCAGUGGAUACCCUCGCGGAUGUCAUACAGCCCCUCUCGAUGUGCGUGGUUCCCGAGGGCGAUGAACUGACCGGGUGGCUUUGGCAGAUUAAGGACAUGUACCAAUAUGUGAUCAACGCCUGGGGCGACGCGAUCGGGGCGUUCAACCGCGCGAUCGAGGCGCUGGGCAAGCUGGACCAGGUCAUCGCUAGGUCGUUCACCUCUUCGAGCCCCGUCCGACGCGCGCUGUUCAAGGCCUCGCUCCCCGUGCGCUGCAAGCUGGUAAAACCCUCCCCUCGCGUGAGUAUGCUGACCACAGGACGCGCGACGGUGGCGGACCUCCGGCUCAACGUGCUUGCGCUCGCGGACGUGGCUCAAGAUGUGCAGACCGCCGCCUUCGAGGCGCGAUCGAAGUUCCUCUUGGACGUGAAAGAUGAGAAGGCGCUCAAGGCUGACACAGACCAGGACGAGCGCUGGACGCGGCUGAACAACGAAAUCGACUCCGCCAUUCAAGAGCUGGACGGUGUUUCCCAGGAUAUGAAGGCCACCGCAUCCAAAGUAGCGCAGAUCGCAGUGGCGGGGCGCAAGCGGCGCUGCAACUAACUGGACAUGCAAACGAAUGAUAAC